CGCAAUGGGGUGUAUUAUGAGCCAGGAGGAUGAAGCAGCGAAACGAAGAUCCAAGAAGAUUGAUCGAUUGCUCAAAGAAGACGGCGAGAACUCAAUGCGAACCAUCAAGCUUCUGCUCCUGGGAGCCGGCGAGUCUGGAAAAUCGACGAUUUUAAAGCAGAUGCGUAUCAUUCACGACGUCGGAUAUACGACUGAAGAGAGAAAAGUGUUCAGAGGCGUCGUUUAUGGAAAUAUUAUUUUGUCUCUCAACGCCAUCAUCCACGCUAUGGAGCAGUUAAAAAUCAGCUUCACCACACUCGAUCACGAAUCAGAUGCCCGAAAGCUUCUAAUGUUCAGCACAACAGGCGAAGAGGAUGAGCUGCCCGAAGAGCUCGUCGUGCUCAUGAAGAGUGUUUGGUCCGAUUCGGGAAUUCAGAAAGCGCUCGAAAGAUCACGCGAAUAUCAGCUCAACGAUUCGGCCGGCUACUAUCUGAGCCAACUCGACAGAAUUUGUGCUCCUAAUUACAUUCCCACACAGGAUGACAUUCUCCGCACAAGAAUCAAGACAACAGGAAUCGUGGAGACGCAGUUUGUCUACAAAGAUCGCCUAUUUUUGGUUUUCGACGUUGGCGGACAGCGAUCCGAACGAAAAAAGUGGAUUCAUUGCUUCGAAGACGUGACGGCACUCAUUUUCUGCGUUGCACUGUCAGAAUAUGAUAUGGUUCUUGUCGAAGAUUGUCAGACGAAUCGAAUGCGAGAAUCGCUAAAACUGUUCGACUCGAUUUGCAACAAUAAAUGGUUUGUCGAGACGUCGAUUAUUCUAUUUCUCAACAAAAAAGACUUAUUCGAAGAGAAAAUCGUUCGAUCUCCACUCACACACUGCUUUCCGGAAUAUACGGGCGCCAAUAAUUACGAAGAAGCUUCUGCGUACAUUCAACAACAGUUUGAGGAUAUGAAUAAGAGGACUACUGGAGAGAAAAAUCAAGAAAUCUACACCCAAUUCACAUGUGCCACCGACACUAACAACAUUCGAUUCGUUUUCGAUGCCGUCACCGACAUUAUCAUUCGAGAUAACCUCCGCACGUGCGGGCUCUACUAAAUUUUUCCGCUAAAUUUUAAAUUCCGUUUUUUCCCCCCAAAAUCCCCUCCCAGACAUUUUCCGGUAUUUAUGUAUUGACCACACACAACUCUUCUCUCCCGUCUCCGCUGUUCAAUGCUACGGUUAUUCUCUUUUUUUUUCUUUUUUUUUCCUGAAAUUCCAAGGGUGUCGUUGAAAAUCGAAAAAUUCGAAAAAUUUGGGUUUUUUAGAGGAAAAGCCAAAAAUUCAAUUUUUUUUUCGAUUUUUAUUCCGGAAAAUUCGAAAAAUUUCGAUAUUUUUUAAAUUUUUUACAAAAAAUUCGAAAAAUUUGGAUUUUUUCAGGAAAAAGCCAAAAAAUUACAAUUUGUGUUUAAAAAAACGAAAAAAAAAACCAAUUUUUCUGAUUUUAAUUCCGGAAAAAUCAAAAAAUCUCGAUUAUUUUCAGAAAAAUUCGAAAAAUUUGGGGCUUUUUCCAAAAAAGAAAUCGUAAAAUUUCGAUUUUGUCCAGGAAAAAUCGAAAAUUUAAUGUUUUCUUUUUUGGCUUCUUCCGGAAAAUCCAAAAAUUUUGAAUUUUUUGGAUUUGUUUUCAGAAAAAUUGGAAAAAUUUGGAUUUUUCAGGAAAAAGCCUAACAAUUUCAAAUUUUGCUUUAAAAAAACUUUAAAAAAUUGAUUUUUGAGGAAAAAACGAAAAAUUUCGACAUUUUUUGAUUUUUUUUUUACCGAAAAAAAAAUUGAUUUUUUCCAGGAAAAAGCCAAAAAUUUUCAAUUUUUAAGGAAAAAUUCGAACAAUUUUGAUUUAUUGAUUUUUUAUUACGGAAAAAUCGAAAAAUUUGGGUUUUUUAGAGUGAAAAGCCAAAAGUUCAAUUUAUUUUUCUGGAGAAAUCCAAUUAUUUCAAUUUUUGAAUUUUUUCAAGAAAAAUAAAAAAAUGUCGAUUUUUUCCAGAAAAAUCGAAAUUUUUCGUUUUUGAAUGAAAAAAAAUUUUUCCUUCAAUUUUUCCUUUAAAAAAAAUAAAUAAAAAUGUUCGAAUUUCCAUGAAAAAAAGUCAAAAAAAUUCAAAAUUUUCCAUUUUCCCUGACAAAAAAAUCAAAAUUUUCCGAUUUUCCUAAACCAAAAUCCCAAAAUUUUCUGAUUUUCCAAUUUUCUCUGAAAAAUCGAAUUUUUUGCCGCACACCCCUGGUUUCACGUGGUGGUCAGGUUGUCUCAUUGCGGUUUGUGAUCUACAAAAAAUGAGGGAAUCUUUCCUCCCCCGGGAAAAUCUGACGUCAGCGCACUCGUGUAACCAUGCGAAAUCCUCUGCUGAAAAGUCUGCGUCUCUUCUCCCGCAUUUUUUGUAGAUCAACGUGUAGAUCAAUCCAAAAUGACACCUUGACACCACGUGCCUAAGCCCAAGCCUAAACCAAUCCAUUUUACCGGUAUAUCUCUACAACCUUUCACUGUCUGAAAUAUCGCGUCAUUUUAUAUUAUUAUUAUUAUUGUAUUCGCUUAAACGACAACAAUUCCCCCAUUUGAUUCAAAAAGUAAACAUUUCCGAACUUUU